CGCAAACGAGCAAAAAAAAAUACGAAAAAAAGAUGCAGCCGUUAAUACUGCGUGGAACCGCAGCUAGCAGAGCAGCAGCAGCAACAGGCGCAGCAGUGGCAAUUGGAACAGCAGCAACAGCAACGAAAUUAACAACAACGAGUAGCAGUAAAUGUAACAACAACUUAACACUAACUAUAAUGCGCCCAGCAACAAAAACAAACUCCAAAUUUCACAAACGUCGACGAAAGCGGCAGCGGGGCGAGCAGUGCAACAGCAACAGCAACAGCAACAUCAACAGCAACAGCAGCAGCACAGCAACAGCAACAACAACAAUCCGUAGAAGAUUUAGCAUCCCAUAUCUAAGCAGAACUGGCGCCUAUCUGACGCUUCUACUGCUAACUACAACAUGUUCCUUGUGCGCUGUUGCCGCUGCAUCCACAGCCUCCGCCUCCACCUCCGCCUCUGGUGCUGCCGCUGCUGCUGCCGCACUCACCUCUGUCACGAACAGCGGCAGCGUUGGCGGCUUUGUGCCGCCCAGCUCGCCCUGUGCACCACAGCAUUGGUGGGAUCAGGUGCAGGACAAGUGCAUGCCCUGCACCAGCUGCCAGGACGAGAUGAUACCGCUGCGACCCUGCCAGCUGCACAUCGACACCGUUUGCCGCUCCAUCUACGAGCUGAAGAUCGACUGGGUUGUGCUGGCCAAGACGGAGCCCAACUGGAAGGAGCGCCGAAAGUCAUCGGAAUAUGAGCAUUUCGAUCAGCCAACGCCGCUGCAGCACUUGACCCACGAGCAGCUGCAACAGCUGCAUGAGGAGGCAGCCGCUGCACUGCCCCUCGACUGGCAGACGGGCGCCCUCUUCAUAGCGGUGCUCGCCUGCCUUCUAUUCUUCUCGGUCGCCGCCUGCAUACUCAUCCAUCAUAUGCGCCAAUGGCGCCGCAUGGAGCGCCGACUGGACCAAGAUGUGGAAGAGUUGUCCACGAAGCUAAUGGCCAAGCUGGCCGAGGUGCAGAGCCUGGACGGUGGCACCUUCUUCAUAGGCAAUGCAGAUGCCUUGCGCGGACUGCCCGCCUCGGCAAUGACGGCCGCCUCGGCGGCAGCGUCCGCUGCGCAGUCGAGCCUCUUUCAGCCGCAACAUGUGCUGCUGCCUGUGGAAAAGCACGCAAAGCAUCAGGAGCGUAGGAUUCUGAAGACCCUGCAGCCGGGCAACGUGUAUAUCGAGGAGAAUCAAGGACUCGGCGCUGGCGUCUUGGCCAACUCGAAGGGCUGAAGGACAGCCUGCUGGUGUAACUACUUAAGUGUACGUUAAAGUCUAGCAACACUGUAACAGCAGCGGCAGGAACAACUUUGUAUAAAGUCAGCGCUGAGGGAGCUCGAGAACUUGCAAAAUUGGAUUACGACUAAAUAUAUAUAUAUAUCUAUUGUAUAUAUAUAUAUAUAUCUUUUUUUUGCCUAAUAUUUAAUUUAAUGUGUUAAUGUUGACUUGUUUGUAAUGCAAAGGCACAGCAAUUAAUUAAUAUAAUUAAUUAUUAAUUAUUAAUGAGAGCAUUCAGUCGAAGCUUCAAUUAAUUCUAAAUACAAAAUUCAAAUCUGUUUUGUUUGUGUAUAUAUAUAUAUAUAUCAGAGAGAGAGAGGG